GGCCGGGGGGCGGGCAGGCAGACAGGCAGGCGGGCAGGCACUGGCGCGGGCGCGGGGGAGCGGUCCGGUAUGGUGUCGCUGGGGGAACCUCGCCCGCCGACCGGCGCGGCCGGGGAUCUGGCGGCCCUGGCGGAGCUGGACGAGACGGCGCUGCUGGGCGGGCUGCGGGAGCGGUUCCUGCGGCAGCUGGUCUACACCGACAUCGGGGACAUCCUCAUCGCCAUGAACCCCUUCCAGCCGCUGCCGCUGUAUGGGAGAGAGGUCGCCGAGCGGUACCGGCACCACCAGACGGGCAUGCUGCCGCCCCACAUCUUCGCCGUGGCCAGCCGGGCCUACCACGCCAUGCUGGGCCGCCGGGGCGGCGGGCCCCAGAACCAGUGCAUCGUCAUCAGUGGAGAGAGCGGCGCAGGGAAAACAGAAAGUACGAAGCUAUUGUUGCAGCACAUAAUGAACCUAUGCAAAGGCAACUCACAGCUGGAGCAGCAGAUCCUUCAGGUAAAUCCAUUGCUUGAAGCUUUUGGCAAUGCUCAGACUGUGAUGAAUGACAACAGCAGCCGCUUUGGAAAAUACAUACAGCUGCGUUUCCAGAAUAACACAGUGAGAGGUGCAAAGCUGAGCGAGUACCUGUUAGAGAAGUCACGGGUAGUGCAACAGGAUGCAGGGGAGAGGAAUUUCCACAUCUUCUACUACAUGUUUGCUGGACUCUCUUCAGAGGAGAAGGACAUGUAUGGGCUAUUGGAUCCUUCACUCUACAGGUACAUAAGUGGAUGGUUUGGUACACAGGAUGUAGCUCAGCGCUGGAAGCACAAAUACCAAGAGGUGUGCAAUGCCCUUGACAUGGUGGGCUUCCAAGAACAGGAGCAAGUGGACAUGCAGGCAAUCUUGGCUGGUGUGUUGUCUCUGGGCAAUGUGACCUUUGAGCCUGAGGAGAGCAAUGGGUCUGUAAAAGUGAGUGAAGCCUCACGGGGAUGGCUGAAGGCUGCAGCGGGUCAGUUUGGAGUCCAAGAAGAUGAACUAUUAAAAUGCCUUAUUUGUACGAUGUCGGUGACCCGAGGCGAGCAGAUUCAUCGUUUUCACACCCAGCAACAGGCAGAAGAUGCUCGGGAUUCCAUUGCAAAGGUGGCAUAUGGCCGAGUAUUUGGCUGGAUCGUUUGCAAGAUCAAUGAGCUGCUGGCUGAGAAUGUGGAUCCUGAGGUGGAACUGGGGGAGAUAGGUAUCUUGGAUAUUUUUGGGUUUGAAAACUUUGCAGUGAAUCGUUUCGAACAGCUUUGCAUAAACUUGGCCAAUGAGCAGCUGCAGCACUUCUUCAACCAUCACAUUUUCCAGAUGGAGCAGUCUGCCUAUAAGGAAGAAGAGCUGCCUUGGGAGACUAUCACAUUCAACAAUAAUGAACCUGUUCUGAAUCUGCUUCUGGCCAAGCCACUUGGGCUCCUGUCUCUCCUGGAUGAACAGAGUGCAUUCCCACAGGCAACUGAUAAGACAUUUGUGGAUAAACUAAACAACACCUUCAAAGGAAAUUUACACUUCCAGCCAGGCCGAGGCCGUGUUUUGGGCUUCAGCAUCACUCACUAUGCUGGAAAAGUACAAUAUGCUGCUGAGGGCUUUCUAGAGAAGAACAGAGACACCUUGCCAGCCAAUGUCCAUGGGCUCUUCAUCAACAGCAUCACCCCCUUGCUCAGUGUCCUGUUCACAGCCACUGUCUCCAGGACGGGGACACUGAUGCCUCAUGUGAAAGCCAAGAUCAUACCAGGAGCAGACAACAAGUUCAACAGCACACGAAAACAGUCUGCUGGAGCUCAGUUCCGGCAUUCCCUGAUGGUGCUCAUGGAGAGGAUGUAUUCUGCCAACCCGCACUUUGUGCGCUGUAUAAAGCCCAACAGCCAGAAGGAGCCAGGCAUGGUGGACAGCCAAGUGGUGCUGCUGCAGCUCCGGUACAAUGGACUGCUGGAGACAAUCCGUAUCCGAAGAGAUGGUUUCUCCUGGAGACCCUCGUUUGAGGAAUUUGCCGAAAGAUACGGAAUUCUUCUAGUUAAACCAGACAUUCCCCUCACAAAAGAAAGCUGCUUGGAGAUACUGCAAAAUACAGAGCUGACAGGCUGGAUAUGUGGAAAGUCACGACUUUUCUUUAAAUAUUGGCACCAAGAACAGCUGGCAAAGUAUGUGGAGCGACUGGAAAGAGCAGCAGUUUUCAUACAGAAAGUUUUCAGGGCAUUCAGGUGCAGGAAGAGUUACCUAAAAUUGGUGGCUGAGCUGAGAGCACAGGCACAGCGGUUACAGGAGGAGGCAGAGAGAGAAAGAAGCCGGCAGCUGGAGAUGGAAGCAGAGUCUCAGAAAAGAAUCUUUCUUCCAGUCCCCAUGCCACGAAAGAGGCGCCCUCAGCCUUGUCCCCAUCCUCGUGAUAAGCCACCACAGCCACCAGUGCCACGGCCACGCAGCAAACUAACAGAGUCCACUCCUUUUGAUAACUUCUUGGAUCGUUCUGUGCCUUGCCCUGUUCUGGGGACAGAGGAAUCGACUGGAGAAGAGGCAAAAAUGAGGAAACUCAAGAGGGGAGCAACUCUCCGCUGGUUCAAAGAGACGCAGGCACAGAAGGUCAUGCAGGAUGAUGGGGCCUUUCCAAGCUGGCUGCAUGGGAUGAUCAGCCGGAGGGAAGCUGAAAACUUGCUGAUUGACAAGCCUUUGGGUUGCUUCCUUGUUCGGAUCAGCCAGAGUCGACCGGGCUACAUCUUGACAUACAAGGGCGAAGGCCGCUGCAGACACUACAUGAUCCAGAUGCAGCCCAAUGCACGCUAUGUCAUCCUGGGGGAAGACCGAGCUCACGCAUCACUCACCGAACUGGUUCGGUACCACCAGUCUGUGGGCAUACAGCCCUUCAUGGAGAUACUGAGUAUUCCCUGUGGGCAGAAAAGUAGUGAGAGUUUGGAUUAUGAAGAUCUGGAGUGCCUCACGUCAGGUCCGCCAGCAGCCAAGGAUGAGACCCCUCCAGAGGAGCAGCCCUGCCCCUCCAGACCAACCACCAGCAGACCUGCUCUGCGGUCGGGAGCAGCUGCUGUUCUCAAACAAGUGUGGCUCAGGAGGACCAAGAAGAGCCAAAACCAGCAGAGCCUGGACAAGAAUAGCACAAAACGAAGCUCAGGCAAGGAGAGAGGCAGCCAACGAACCUGCCCUCGCCUCCACUCCUCCAUACGCCUGGCGAUGCGGGAAAUACAGCAGUUCUCCACUCCCUCGAACGCUUCUCUGCGGAUCUGCUGUCGAGCUCUCAGCAUUGAGGAUGAAGAGCCCAAGUGACAUGGUCAAGAUGGCUCUGCUCUAUCCUCUUCCAGUGCCGCUAGACCUUUCCUAACUGGGUGAACAUAUCCAGACAUACAGCACAUACAGCAGCAUUUUUUUGUUUGUUUUUGUUACUGCACCCAGCUGGCUCUGUGCCUUUAGACAGGACUGCUGUAGAAACGAACUUUUAUCAACACUCAGCUGGUCUCAGUGGCUGAGACUGCAGUACCUGAACUAGUCUCAUCCUGACAGAGGGGAGAGGAUGGGAACAGUCCCACUCUGCACAGACCCACUGUGCCUGACAGUCUGCUUGUCAAUACUUCAAAGUGCCUGGAGACCCCUUGCCUUGCACUGUUAAUAGUCACAAACUGGAUAUCUCCCAACAACCUGUUCUCUCUCAGACACCUGUACUGAUUUCCUGCCUGUUUCUCUUCCAGUCCUCUCUCUCUGUUUUGGUCCUGUGUGUCCAUUGCCAAGGGAAAUCAGGCUUGGGCAUUAAGGAAUGAAACUGGCAUGUUCUUUUUGUUUAGUUCAGGAGCCUACACAGGGGGCAUAAAGGAUAUUUCUGCACAGGGAAUUCCCUGCACUUGCAUCAGUGUCCUGGCACACUGCUCCCCAGUCCUUCCUUAGCCAGAAUUCAAGUCAGGGAAUUACUGGCAAAACUCUGUUGUUCAUCCUGGUUGGAAUCACUACAAGUCUGGGCUGGGCAACAUCCUGUUACACUGAGGGUAGAGGGCUUGCAACAUACAGGACCGUGUUCCUUGUUAGGUAUUUUCUACCUUUAAAAAUAAAUCUAUUUUCUUUCUAUAA